AGAGAGAGAGAGACCGUCAUUCCUACAACUCGAGCUCCGGAGAAGACGCUCCUGUUAUCUUCUGCUCGCUGUUUCAAUUUUCGCUCGCUUUUGUUGGAAUUUCUUAUUUAUUUUCUUUGUUUUAAUAUUUUUUUUAUUGGAGGCGCAUCUCAUCUCAUCUCACGGACGUCGAGCAUCGCUUUUUUUUGUUCUUCUUCUUCCUGACUCGGAUGGAGCGCAUGGUUCACGGUUCACCUGAUGAUGAAGUUAGUCGGCGAAAGAAGGAGAUAAACAAGAAAAAUAAUACAGAAUGUCUGAGAUGAUGAGAUUUCUGUUGGUUCCCAUCGUUUUGCGUCGGAUGUCUAUGUGUGUUGCAGCGAACUUACGACGGUACAAAUUAACAGGCUCUGAAAUAAUAAAAGUUGAAUUUGCCUGAUUUAUCGGAUUGCGCAGUUUCUUUCCAACUCAGUUUCGAGGCGGCUGAUCGGCGUUUGGAAAUUUGGAGCGUUGCAGUUUUCCAGUGGAAUACUGAGUUACUUUUUUUUUUUUUUUUUUUUUUUUUUAGAGAGAAAAACGGCUAUUUUUUGGCUGUUUUUUGACAGCAUGUUGGUGUUUUUUGGAUAGUUAACGUUUUCCGAAAAUACUGUGAUCUUAUUUUCUUUUCUUUCGUCUGUUUUUUUUUAAAGGAAAAAAGGGUGAAAAAAUCCGCUAUGCGAGCAACAAGCGAACGAUACGCAGCUAUGCCGCUUUUGGCCGCUCGCUCGUGCAUUCCCAGUAACGACUAACUAAAACGUUUUUUUUUUUGACGUUUUCUUUUUUGAUUUUCCUUAAAUAUUUCCUUAACCCCCAAUUUUCCUUACCAAAAUGCCUCUCGGCUUCAUUCAGACCUCUCUCAACUUAUUUCACCCAAAAGUGUGAACGGAAUUUCACCCGUUUUUUAUUAUUUUAUUCUCUCCUCCAUUCGUCGACUGGUGGGUGGCGCGGGUAAGACCAUCAUGGCACGGCGCGCGCUCUCCCCACGGUCGCCGGUGUGCCCCCGCGCCUUCCCGUGGAGGCUCCUUUGGAUGCUGGAGGUGCUGCUGGCCGCCGCCGCGGCGCAGGAGACCUACGCGCCGCACUCGAUCCGGAUCGAGGGCGACGUGACGCUGGGCGGCCUCUUCCCCGUGCACGCGCGGGGCGUCGCGGGCGAGCCGUGCGGCGACGUGAAGAAGGAGAACGGCAUUCACCGGCUCGAGGCCAUGCUCUACGCGCUCGACCAGAUCAACGGCGACGAAGAGCUGCUGCCCAACAUCACGCUGGGCGCGCGCGUGCUCGACACGUGCUCGCGCGACACGCACGCGCUGGAGCAGUCGCUCACCUUCGUGCAGGCCCUCAUCCAGAAGGACACGUCGGACGUGCGCUGCACCAACGGCGAGCCGCCCGUCUUCGUCAAGCCCGAGAAGGUGGUGGGGGUCAUCGGGGCCUCGGCCAGCUCCGUGUCCAUCAUGGUGGCCAACAUUCUGCGCCUCUUCCAGAUUCCUCAGAUCAGUUACGCCUCCACGGCUCCGGAGUUGAGCGACGACCGGCGCUACGACUUCUUCUCGCGCGUGGUCCCCCCGGACUCCUUCCAGGCUCAGGCCAUGGUGGACAUCGUCAAGGCCAUGGGCUGGAACUACGUAUCUACGAUCGCCUCAGAAGGAAGCUACGGGGAGAAGGGAGUGGAGGCCUUCAUGCAGAUCUCCCGGGAGGCUGGUGGGAUAUGCAUCGCCCAGUCGCUGAAAAUUCCACACGAUCACAAGCAAGCCGAUUUCGACAAGAUCAUUCGGAUGCUCCUCGACACGCGACAGGCUCGAGCUGUGAUCAUGUUCGCUUAUGAUGAAGAUAUUCGGGAGAUUCUGAAUGCCAGUAAAAGAGCAGAACAAGUGGGGCACUUCCUGUGGAUUGGGUCUGACAGCUGGGGGGCAAAAAACAGCCCCAUUCAUGGGCUGGAAGAUGCAGCAGUGGGAGCCAUCACCAUCCUCCCAAAACGAGCCACCAUAGCUGGUUUUGAUGCCUACUUCACCUCACGAACGCUGGAGAACAACAGGAGGAACGUGUGGUUCGCCGAGUUCUGGGAGGAAAACUUCAACUGCAAGCUCAUGAGCUCGUCCAAGAAAGAAGACACCAGUAGAAAGUGCACAGGCCAGGAGCGGAUCGGGACGGACUCGAAGUACGAGCAGGAGGGGAAGGUACAGUUUGUGAUCGAUGCUGUGUACGCCAUGGCCCACGCUCUGCACAACAUGCAGAAGGACUUGUGUCCGGAACACUCGGGAGUCUGUGCAGAAAUGGAAGUUGCCGGCGGCAAGAAGCUGCUGAAGUACAUCCGCAACGUCAACUUCAACGGAAGUGCAGGAACAUCUGUGACAUUCAAUCAUAAUGGAGAUGCUCCAGGACGCUACGACUUGUUCCAGUACCAGAUGAACAAUAACAGCUCUCCAGGGUACAAAGUCAUUGGGCAAUGGACUGAAAAUCUCCAGCUCAACAUUGACGAGAUGCAGUGGCCGAACGGUGAGGUUGAAAUCCCCGGCUCGGUCUGCAGUCAGCCCUGUAAGACGGGGCAGAGGAAGAAGACGGUGAAGGGUAUGCCCUGCUGCUGGCACUGCGAGCCCUGCGAUGGGUACCAGUACCAGUAUGACGAGACCACCUGCAAGCUCUGCGCUUACAACAUGCGACCCAACCUCAACCGCACGGGCUGCCAGCCCAUCCCCAUCGUCAAGCUGGAGUGGCACUCGCCCUGGGCCGUCAUCCCCGUCUUCCUGGCCAUGCUGGGCAUCAUCGCCACCAUCUUCGUCAUGGCCACCUUCGUACGCUACAACGACACGCCCAUCGUCCGAGCCUCGGGGCGGGAGCUCAGCUACGUCCUGCUGACCGGGAUCUUCCUCUGCUACAUCAUCACCUUCGUCAUGAUCGCCAAGCCGGACGUGGCGGUGUGCUCCUUCAGGCGCAUCUUCCUGGGACUGGGCAUGUGCAUCAGCUACGCCGCCCUGCUGACCAAGACGAACCGCAUUUAUCGGAUUUUCGAGGAGGGCAAGAAGUCGGUGACUCCGCCCAGACUGAUCAGCCCCACCUCGCAGCUAGCCAUAACGUCAAGCCUUAUUUCCAUGCAGCUUCUAGGGGUCUUCAUAUGGUUCGGCGUGGACCCGCCCAACACCAUCAUCGACUACGAUGAGCAGAAGACCAUUAACCCGGACAAGGCCAGAGGGGUGCUGAAGUGUGACAUCACGGACCUACAGAUCAUUUGUUCGCUGGGAUACAGUAUUCUCCUGAUGGUGACAUGUACGGUUUACGCUAUCAAGACGCGAGGAGUUCCCGAGAACUUCAACGAAGCCAAGCCCAUUGGCUUCACCAUGUACACCACCUGCAUCGUAUGGCUGGCGUUCAUUCCUAUAUUCUUCGGAACGGCGCAGUCUGCAGAAAAGCUGUACAUCCAGACCACCACGCUGACCAUCUCCAUGAACCUGAGUGCGUCGGUGGCGUUGGGCAUGCUCUACAUGCCCAAAGUCUACGUCAUCAUCUUCCACCCGGAGCUCAACGUCCAGAAACGCAAGCGCAGCUUCAAGGCCGUGGUGACGGCCGCCACCAUGUCGUCACGCCUCUCGCACAAGGCCGGCGACCGGCCCAACGGCGAGGCCAAGACCGAACUGUGCGAAAACGUGGACCCCAACACAGGCUAAUUCUCAUAAUUUAUCAGGUCCGGCAGCGAAGAAGAAGUAUGUGAGCUACAACGACCUUGUGAUCUAACGGACCUCCGUCAAAGGAGGGAAGCAAUCAGCGAGGGAUGCUUGGUCUUUUGCCAUUUUUUUUUCGGCAAAAGGAGAAACGGGAGGAAGAAAAAGAAGGAAAGAAGGUUUUUAUUUCCCUUUGGUGUACUGCCCACUCACAUCCAAGGUCCCGGACCGUGAUUGGUUGCGAUUGGGUCGUUGGUCGUACUGUACAUCCUACUACUGCACUCAAGGAUAUCAGCUGAUAUUUCUAUACGUCCUUGGAUUUGAGCGAGACGGAGCGAAAUUCCUGAAGAUUCCGGAUCCAAAAAUUCCAAAAAUUUCAAAAAUUUAUCUUUUUUUUUUAUUAUUUGUUUUUCUUCCGUUUUUGCACAACGCACUGAAUGGGAUGAUUUAACAUCAACGGCACAAAUCGGAUUCGAGAUGUUCCAAAAAUGUCUUUCCAAACUUUUAAAAAUAAAAAAUACUGUUUUAUUUACUGUCUAUUUUUUUUUUCUUCGUCAAAAGAGGAAGCACAUAACGGACGGGACGACACAGCACAGCACAGCACAGCAGUCAGCACAGGCACAAAUCUCAGCUCCUCCUGAUUCGUUCUGGCCCUACAAAGACAAAAAGACAAAAACCUGAAAAAAAAAGACCUGAAAGACCUUUCUGAAGGCGUUUUUGGUUGUUUUUUGCUCUGAUAAUCUUCAAAAAAGUCGUGAAAAAUCGUUUUUUUCAGGGUGUCUCUCUCUCUCUCUCUCUCUCUCUGUUUCUUUCUCUAAGGGCAAAAUGGCACAGAGCGAAACAAAGACUAAAAACUGAAAACUAAAAACUAAAAACUAGAACUAAAACUAAAAGGAUGACGGCCCAGAGGGGAGGGGCUACCUAUUGUCUUUACAUGUACUUCCAAACUGCAAGUUUUCCAGACUUCCCUGUGCAAGUUUGUGUGGUUCUUUAGCAUUCCUGUUACCUUUGCUGUUGGACGAUUUUUUCGAAAUUUUUGAUUUUUUGAUUUUUUGUUUCUGAGAAUUGUUUUUGUUUUGUUUUUUUUCGUUUGGGAUUUCUCUUAUUCGUUCUUAAUUCUUGCCUCUUGGAUGCACAUUAUAUUAAAGCCAUAUUCUUCUCUUUGAGAUGUCAAACCCUGUUAACCAUCCUCUUCAUUUUUUGGGUCGGGGUUCCCCAGAGCUCCCAGUUUAAAAAUGGGUUCCAUAUACAAGGCUUUAGCCUCACAUCCAGUAAAACCUCUGCCAGUAAAAUCAAUUCAUAAAGUGAUUAAAAAAUAAAAAAAGAAAUAUUACUUUAUGAGGGUUUCGUAGACCAUCGACUGUGUUUUUUCUCAGUGACUUUCAGGAGAAGUUACGUUACGGUGUUGGCGAUACACGUUGCGUUGCAUUGGAGAUAUAUUGAUAUAUAUGUAUGGUAUGAUAACGAAAUUCCACAGACUUGACUUGACUUGACUUAACUUAACGGUGUUGCUGAUUAUUUAAAAAAAUACUAAAAAAAAAAAGCAAAAACAAAAAUAAUAAGGUGUUCACGUAGCAGUUGUCAAUGCAUGCCUGGUAUGUUUGAUGUUAACUUGAAGUAAACUUGAAGUAAACUACGUCGCCACCAGAAGGCUUUCAUUUUGGCCUGUUCUCAAAAAGAAAGAUAGAAAGGGAAAAAAAAGAAAAAACAUUAUUUUUAAUUUAAAUUUUCGUUUCCAAUCUUUUCCGUACAUCCCUCAUUCCUUUCUUCCUCCACUCCGCCACAAACCUCCACACACUCAAGGCAGAAUAUGGCUUUAAUUUGUUUGGGAAAUUUUUAACUGCCCUGCAAACCAAUGGAGAAAUUGUGGGAAAAGAAAAAAAAAUAAAGAAAUGAAUAUGAAUAUAUAUUUCAAAAAAAUGCAAAAAAAAAAGAGAUUUAAAACCGAAAUAAAAAGCAUGUAUGUUUUAUACUGUUUGUACUAAGUAUAUUCAUGUUGCCCUUGCUGCUUAUGUGCCAAUAUUGUGGGAGACAUUUAAGUUUGGCCACUCAUGCAACUAUACUGUGGUGUUGUCCAAGAAUGUAUCAACAUGAAAUAAAACCAUUUGGUUAUUUUUAUUUUUUAAUUCCCAAAAAAGAGAGAGCAAUUUCUGUUUCUUAUAUUGAUAUUAAUUUUUAAUUCACUCAAUUUGCUAGCAGAUAGAAUUUUUUUUAUUACUGCACUAACAUCUUACAUUAUUUUAUGUAUUAUAUUGCAUUUAAUAUACAAAAAAAAAAAAAUCAAGAAAAGCUUAAUAGAUUUACGUUACAAAACAGUAAAUUACGUUGAGUAAACAUCAGUUUCACAAUUUACAAUUAGAGAUCUUACAAAAGACGUCACCAGCUCUAUAUUUAUCACUUUCAGUCUCUUUCAGAGUGAGCCGUUUAAGGGCUAUGUCUCCUUUUUUUAUGCAAAUAAGCUGUUGCUGACCACACCCCAUGUUUAUGCUGAGUGUUUGGCAAACAUUAGUGUUAGCUUAUGCCAAAAAGUAAAACACUCUAUCUCAAACUAUCUAUCUAGUUCAUGCUUAACUGUGGUAGAAUAAAAAAAAAACUCCACACAGCCACAGACAGUAGAUAAAGAUCCCUCACUCAGAAGAAGUCUACUGGAGAAUCUUGCUGUGUAUUGUGUAUUGUUGAGGUUUUCAACCAAAAUGACGGAAAUGUUAGAUCUUUAACUAAAGAUCUAGUAGGGGGGUGGGGCUCUGGUGGGGGUUGACAGGUAGGUGAGGGGUGGAGCCAAGGUGGCUCUAUGCAGAUGUCCUUCUUGUGACAUCACACUAAGCAUAUGAUGAUUCCUGACACCAUACUGACACCAACAUUUGAAUGGAUUUUUAUUUUAAACCCAAGUAGAAACAUCUUAAAACAUCUAUAAAAUUAAGUUUUAAUAAUAUGUCUCCUUUAAAACUAACCCUCUUAGUUUGGAGGCUGCAAUUUAGCCUGGCUAACGUCUAAAGCUUUAGCAUUAGCUUUAGCAUUAGCAUUAGCAAAAGUGGGAUGCAUUUCUUUGGUAUAAUGUACGUAUCGUUUCCUGGCUUUAAUUGCACACAAAUGACACCACAAAUUGAGGUUUUUCUUUAUGUGUAUCAGAUUUUAGCCUUAAAAACAUAUGGAAUCUUUCCUUUAGGCUACAAUUUAAUAAUGCAAUUAUUUCCCAGUGUUUCUCAUGAAGCUACAGAAGUUGUUUUUUUUCACUUCCAGACGACAUUCUCGGUUUAUAUUCUCUGUUUAUAUGUACAGAAAUACUUAAGAGUCAUAUUUGUUCUCUAUUUUUAUUCCCUUGUUUACCAGCCAAGAGAGUUUGCUUAUAAUUAUACAUAACAGCGUAGCCGUUAGCAAUUCCCCGGGCUAUAGAAUUCCAUGCUACAUAUAGGUCGUUUUCUUUUUCACGCUAUAGAGUCGUGCAGUGUUUGCAUGAUGCCAUGCUGAAGAUAAAUGCUUUAUUCAUGCUUAAAGUUAAUGUAUUUAUUUAUUCAUGUUUUAUUCCUUCUUUUUCUCUCUUUGCUCAGUGAAGUGAAUGAACAUCUACAAGUAAAUGAUAAUUAAAGGCCAUUAACAGAAGAUACCAAGUUACAAGUGACAAGACAAACUACAGGGGUUGGACAAUGAAACUGAAACUGACUCUUCAUUAAUUGCACAUUGUACCAGUAAGAGCAGAGUGUGAAGGUUCAAUUAGCAGGGUAAGAGCACAGUUCUGCUCUAAAUAUUACAAUGCACACAACAUUAUGGGUGACAUACCAGAGUUCAAAAGAGGACAAAUUGUUGGUGCACGUCUUGCUGGAGCAUCUGUGACCAAGACAGCAAGUCUUUGUGAUGCAGCAUCAAGAGCCACGGUAUCCAGGGUAAUGUCAGCAUACCACCAAGAAGGACCAACCACAUCCAACAGGAUUAACUGUGGACGCUGUAAGAGGAAGCUGUCUGAAAGGGAUGUUCGGGUGCUAACCCGGAUUGUAUCCAAAAAACAUAAAACCACGGCUGAUCAAAUCACGCAGAAUUCAAUGUGCACCUCAACUCUCCUGUUUCCUCCAGAACUGUCCGUCACCACAAUCAAUUAUUAAGUGGUCUAAAACCAGGUGUUUCAGUUUCAUUGUCCAAACCCUGUACUUUACACUACUUUACCACUCAAUUAAGUUUCAAUUUCAACUAACAAGUUAAUUGGUUUAGGUUAAAAAGGCUACAAGUACCUGUUUACUCAAAUAUAAUAUUACUACUGUACAUUACAGCCCCAAUUCAUAAAAGGUUGAGGCAGUGUAAUAAAUAAACAAAAACAUGUUUUUACAUUUAGAUUGACUUUUAUUUAAUUACAGUCUUUAUAAACAUAAAAUAUUUCCCCCUAGACAUUUAAAUGGUCAUCCCCCUCAUUGUGAACAUGUGUGCAAUACCAAACACUUCCUGAGUUAGAGUUAAAAAAGAGUUCCUCUAUUUAAUUUAUCAUGCAUUUUACAUUUUUUACAUCCAAUCUUAUAUUUAUAUUUAAAUUCCCACUAUAAAUACUAUAACUGCCUUAAGAAGAACAAGUUUGAUUAAUUGCCGUUAAUCAUUAAUCUGAUUAAAUGUUUUUAAAUGAUUGACACCACUACUUUUUUUUACACUUAUUUCCUUAUAUUUUAUGUAGUAUAUUAUUGGUUACUUAUCUAUCUGGUUACUUGAAUACCAACAAGAAAUAUAGUCUGAAAAGAGUGUAAAGAAUGGGAAAUGCAUCCUUUUCUUCAAACAUCGCCAACAUUUCUGUCCUGCGUGACAAAAAAACAUACAACGCCAUCAAAGCUGCCAUUGAUUGGCGGGGUAUUAGCACACACAGCCACUGCGCCCUGACUGACAGCAUGCAGAUUCAGCAGAAAGCAGUGCAUGCUGGGUCUUCUGCUCAUCACAGGCUGACAGAAGCGUCUCUCGGUCGAGGCCGGCGAGGCAGAGUGUGAGGGGACAGAGUGUCUCUGAGGUUUCUGGGGUGAAUAAAUACUAAAUUGCACGGUUCAUAAAAGACCUUCGCUAAACUGCUUCCUUUUAUUCUCACUUGCCGAUCAACCAAGAGGUUGACUGGAAUAUAAUCAAGAGGAAGAUGGAUGAUCACAAGCCAUCAAACCACCAAACUGAACUGCUU